AUGGAAAAUAAAAUUCUCUCAAAUCUUUUUGGAAUUGUAGGUACUAUACUCUGGUCAGUUCAAUUAGUUCCUCAAAUUCACUUAAAUUACAAAAGAAAAUCAACCAAGGGUGUAUCACCAACAUGUUUUGGAUGUUGGUAUGCAUGUGGUGUUAUUUUAGGUACAAAUUUAGUUUUUAAUAGAGAACCACCAGCACUUGUAGUUCAAAUUUCAUGUUUUUCUCUUUUCAGUUUAGUAAUUGUCAUGCAACAUUUAUUUUAUCAAAAAAAAUAUAAUUUAAAAAGAUUAUUAUUUACAAUAGGAUUAUGUGUUUUAGUAACGAUUGCAACAAUUAUUUCACUCUAUUCAAUUUUGAAUGCAAAGCAUACCAAUUCCUUUGUUUUACAAUUAAUAUUGACCAUUGCAGCAACAGGUUUAAUGGCAGUUGGAUUCUUUCCACAAAUUUUAGAAGUUUAUCAAGAAAAGGUUGGACUUAGUAUGAUUUUUGUUGUAAUGGAUUUCUUUGGUGGUGUAUUUUCCAUACUUAGUUUAGUAUUCCAUGUUCCAUUCGAUUAUAUGUCCUUUUCAACUUAUGUCGUAGUUCCAAUUUGUCAAGCUAUCAUUUUCGGAUUAGUAAUGAGAAUCAAUUUGAAAUCUUAUAGAGAAAAUGGUGGUUUAUCAAGUAGAGUUGGUUCUCCAUUCGUUCCAUUUGAAAAUGUUGAGGUUGAUUUAAAUGAAAUUACUGGUGGUAGUGGUAGUGGUGGUGCUAAUAAAAAUAAUAAUUGUAAUGAUGAUAUUGAAGCAAAUGGUGGUAGUGGAAGCAAUAAUGAAGAAUUUAAUAAUAAUAAUAAUAAUAAUAAUGGAGGAAUAUUACUUAAUAAAAAAGGUAAGGGUAGUGGUAGUGGUAGUGGUGGUGGCGCAAAUGAUGAUGAAGAAAAUCAUUCAACUCCAUUAAUUAAUGGUUCAUCACAUCACCAUCAUUUUAUUAGAGAAUCAAAUACAAUUAUACCAUCAUCAACUUUUAUGAUAAGUUCAAAUGAUGAUAAUGCUAUGGAUGGUGAUGUUGGAGCUGAUAAUGUAGCACAAAAUACUCAUAACAACAAUAAUAGUAGUGGUGGUGAUGGUGGUGUCGACACCCCAUUAUCAUCUUCAAAUGGUAUUCCAAAACGUCAAGAACUUGAUCAUAUCAUUCCAUUAUCAAUUUCAAAUACUGCUGAACUAUUAAAGCAACAACAGCAUCAACAACAAUUAUCUCAUCAACAACAAUUGGUAGAUGAAUCAAUAACUCAAUUAAAAAACAAUAUUAUUCAUAACCAAAAUCAACUUAAUAAUUUAAAUAAUCAAAAUUAUCAUGGUUAUCCAGUAUCUUAA